CUUGCACGAACUUUACUAGUAAGACUAAGUUACAAAUUGCAGAUUGCAAGAAGCGAUGGCCUUCCAUGUGGCAGUAGUAGCUGUUCUUCUGGGCAUAGUUGUUGCAGAACCUCUGUCCAAGAAAGAUCCUUCCACCAUGCUGUCAGAGAGCACCAUCAACCUAGGCCUCAAUCUGUAUCACACCAUGGUGAAGGACUCAUCUUUGAAAUCACAGAACAUUCUCUUCUCACCUGUGGUGCUGGCAUCUUCACUUGGUGUCAUGACCCUGGGUGCCAGGCAGAACACAGCCAGUCAGGUCAAGUCUCUCCUGAACGUGCUGCUACACGAUGACAAACUCCAUUUGUCUCUCUCUGAACUGCUUGGUGACGUGAGCAACGAAGCUGUACGCAACACCACUUGGAAGAUUGGAAGCCGUUUCUAUGGGCCAGCUUGGGCCAGCUUGACCCGGGAAUUCGUUGAGAAGAGCAAGCUGCACUACGGACAUGGCCACAGCAAAAUUAACUUCAGGGACAAGAGGAGUGCCCUUGAAGAAAUCAACAAGUGGGCAGCUGAAAACACCGGGGGCAAACUGCCUGAGGUUACUAAAGAUUUGCCUGCGGCUGAAGGAGCCAUGUUCGUCAAUACUAUGUACUUCAAACCUCACUGGGGUGAGGCCUUUCAUCACAGCAUGGUGGAUAAAAGAGGCUUUUUGAUGUCCCGGACUCGCACUGUGUCUGUGCCAAUGAUGCAUCGUACAGGUUUUUAUAAAUAUUUUGAAGAUGAGGCCAAUCAGUUACAGAUAGUUGAGAUGCCCCUGGGCCAGAAGCAAACCAGCCUGCUCGUCGUUAUGCCUUUCCAUGUUGAGCCACUGGAAAGACUGGAGAACAUGCUGACCAGAGAAAAUCUCCGCCAGUGGUCAGAGCAAAUGGAAGAAGUAGCUGUUGCUGUGUCCUUGCCCAAAAUUGACCUGGAUGUCAAACAUGAGAUGCAGAAACACCUGCAGCAGCUUGGCUUAGUGGAGGCUGUUGACAAAUCCAAGGCAGACUUCUCAGGAAUCACGGGGAAGAAAGACCUACACAUCUCCAAUUUCCUUCAUGCGACUGCAUUUGAGUUGAAUACUGGAGGCAAUCCAUUUGAUGAGAAUUUGUUUGGUCGGGAGGAGCUGAGGUCACCCAAACUUUUCUAUGCUGACCAUCCAUUCAUUUUCCUUGUGCAAGACAAAAAGACCAAUUCUAUUCUCCUCAUAGGUAGAAUUAUAAAACCAAAUGGUGACGGAAGACAUGACGAACUGUGA